AUGAAGAGUAAGAUAAUCCUAACAAUCACAAUAAUGAUAACGACGGGAAGAAUACAAGUUCAAGGACGAUUUAUGAAGGAAUUGGGCAACAACGAAUUUGACCCUUUGGUAGAACUCGUAAACUCUCCAGACUCCGUAAAACUGGAUGCCACCAAAGACAUAAACAACUUUCUUGAUACAAUUACUCAGAAACGACCCAAUACCACCUCCACACCAUCAACAACAACAACAACAAAAGAUCAACAUCCUGCGAAUCAAACCAGCUCACCAAA